UCACUAUUUUCAAUUCAUUUUUUCGUGAAAGCUCUCUAUUUUCUCUCUCUCUUUGUGACCAUUUAUAUAAGCGUAGACCAAACCAGACUAAGCCCAUCUCUCUGUUCUCUCUCUCUCUCUCUCUUUAACCUCUGUUACUAUGGAAGCUCUCAGCUUUAUCAAGUUCUGGAGACCAACCACCACCACCACGACCACCACCAGUGCUUCCGACAAAGAAAACCAAACGUUAAGUUCUAGUGGUAAUGGUGAUGCUAUUGAAGGUUCUAAUGUUGUUGUGGGUUCAGAUUGUGAAUUGGUGGAUGAAGGAGAUGACUCCUUCUUUGAGUUGGAACUCACUUUAUCUGAUUUUGACAACAAGAGAAACAACUGCAACAGCGACAACACCCACCAAGGAAACAGUGAAGAACAAGUCCACUAUUCAACCAAAACUGCCGGCCAUAAUGGAGAACUAAAGAUUUCAUCUUCAAGUGAUGUCUUGUCCAAAAGAAAGAUCCUCCCAAUAGAGCCAACUUCUACAUCAAAGCCUCAGUCUCCAAUCGCAUUGUUAAAAUCAGCUCCAAAGCUUCGAGUAUCCAUCUUCAAGAAAUCAAAAUCAAUGGCGGCAACACUCAGAACAGAGAAAACAGACUCCACAACCACCUCUUCAAAGCAAGAGAAACGAGAAAACAAUAAGCUCUUCACCGUCAAAUUCAAAGUCGAAGAAAUUUCAAAUCUUUCAAUGUUUACUAGAGCAUGCAGUUUGAGAAGAACAAGCAAUACAACAAACGACUCAUCAUCUUCAUCGUCAUCAAAGAGAUUCUCCAAAGAUUUGAUACAAAAAUAUUUGAAGCUAAUCAAACCAUUAUAUGUCAAAGUCUCGAAAAUGAAGAACGAGAAGAUGAGAUUUUCUGGGCAGUUAACAGAGGCUUCCCCGACAUCGUCGCCGGCGACGCUGCCGGUGCAUUCUCCGCUGAAGGAGAGGAAUACUUCAGGAGGCUUUCGAGCUCUGAAUAGGCAUCUGGGCAAGAGCAAAUCAGCUUCAGCAACAGUUUCAUCGCCAGCUAGAAGAGACGACUCUCUGUUACUGCAACAUGAUGGGAUUCAAAGCGCCAUUCUUCAUUGCAAAAAAUCUUUCAACUCAUCUAGAGAUUCUUCUUCGUUUUCAAGAUCUACAAGUAGUAGUUCUUCACAGGGAACUUUGAGUUACUUAUCAUCAAAAGAUGCUUUUCUGUUUCCAAGAUUCAGCAGUGAUUCGUCCUAUGAGGAAAUCAUAUCAGCCAGAAGAUCAAACGAUGAACGAAUUUAAGCGGGAAAAAUACUGUCUUGUCAAAUCCAAUCGAAAGAAAUCCACACCAAAAAAGAAAAGAAAAGAAAUUUGUUGCACAGUAGAAUUUGAUUCGAUUUUUAUUUUAAAUUUUAAAUUUUGUGUAAUGUAAUGAAAAUAGAGAAGGGGUAGGUUAGGUAAUUAGGGUUGUUGUUGGCGGCAUUAAGAAGGGUAUGAUAUGAAUCGGGUGUUGUUGCGUGUAUAGUGACGGAUCAUUAUGAAAAAUUUGAAACCAAAUCUUUAUUUG